AUGAUAGGACAGGAUUGCGAUCCCCGAGACUUGGAAGCGUUUGCUGAACAUUUUAAGCAAAGACGAAUAAAAUUAGGCGCAACGCAAGCAGACGUUGGAGCAGCAUUGGGGAAACUGAAACUACCUGGAGUUGGUUCCUUGAGUCAAAGUACAAUAUGCAGGUUUGAAUCUUUGACACUCAGUCACAACAACAUGGUCGCUUUGAAACCUGUUCUUCAGGCUUGGUUGGGGGAAGCAGAAAGAGCUGCUAGAGAAGCCAGAAUAAGAGAAGAGUAUCUGAAUAGUCUCGGGGAUGGGACUUUAUCAGAAUUCGGAGACAAAAAAAGAAAAAGAACAUCAAUAGCCGGUCCUGAGAAAAGAUCUUUAGAAGCCUACUUCGCUAUUCAACCUCGACCGUCUGGCGAGAAAAUCGCUCAAAUAGCUGACAAGUUGGACCUGCGCAAGAAUGUGGUGCGCGUGUGGUUUUGCAACCAGAGACAGAAGCAAAAACGAAUGAAAUUUUCAGCUACUUCACUAAAAGCCUCGCAUUAA